AUGCCUUGGACUGCGCCUUCGACACUCGACAGACCCGUUACCGUUCUCGGCGCUGGCGUCCUCGGACGACGGAUCGCCGCCGCCUGGGCAGCCGGCGGGUACGCCGUCAACAUCCGGGAUCCUAACCCAGAGCAACUGACCGCAGCUUCGGAGUACGUCAAAUCAAACUUAUGGCGAUAUCCCGGGCACUCCGCCAACCAAAUUCCAAGCGUCCGAACAUUUCAGGACCUCGAGCCGGCAGUCCAGGGCGCGUUCCUAGUAAUCGAGUGCGCGCCUGAGAAACUCGAGAUCAAGCAGCAGACGUUUGGCGAGCUAGAGAAUUUGGCGCCCAGCGAUGCUAUCUUGGCAUCGAACUCGUCCUCCUACAAGUCCCGGGAGACAGCGAGCGAAUUGCAGGUGGAGACCCGCCGCCGAGUUCUCAACAUGCAUUAUAUGAUGCCGCCAGUUAACAAGAUCGUUGAGCUGAUGACGUGCGGUGAUACUCAAGAGGAAAUCUUCCCGUUUCUCGUCGAAAAGCUCAAGGACAUCGGUAUGCUGCCCGUGGUCGCUCACAAGGAGUCAACGGGCUUCGUCAUCAACCGGGUUUGGGCCGCAAUCAAGCGAGAGUGUCUCACGGUCUUGGCCGAGGGCGUCUCCACUCCGGAGGAAUUGGAUGCGGUCUGGACAGAGAUGUUUGUAAAGACGGGCGCUACCCCGUGCGCCUCCAUGGAUGCGGUUGGUCUUGAUACGGUGUCAUUCAUUGAGAAGCAUUACAUCGAAGAACGAGGACUCAAAGACCCUGGCGUCAUUCCCUACUUGCAAAAAUACAUCGACGAGGGCAAGCUGGGUGCCAAGAGCUCACUUGGUGGCCUGUACCCUCCCGGCUACACGACAAAGACAGCGGGUCAGCAGCAAGGGGAUCACGACAACGUGCACGCCCCUGAGCUAUAUUUCCUAGACGUCGGUCUGGCCAACAAGCCAGAAGAUGUUUUCAGUUCUGGCCGCAUACUCGUUGGUAGUGCUGAUGGCAAGUCCCCUCUUCGCACUAUCGUUGAGCACCAGAAUCUCCCUGAUGGCAUAGCCCUCAGUCGUUCAGAAGGCUUGAUAUUCUGGACAAAUAUGGCUGUUCCAGACAAGAAUGACGGCCAUGUCAUGUCUUGCAAUAUGGAUGGCAGCCAUGUCAAGACCAUUGUGCCGCAUGGUGCUGUGCAUACGCCGAAGCAGAUGGCUCUGGAUGAAGUCAACAAAAAGGUGUAUAUCGCCGAUCGCGAAGGCAUGAGGAUCCUGCGGUGCAACUUCGAUGGCUCUGCAUUGGAAACAUUGAUCCAAACCGGAGACUGGACCCAAGGGUUUGAGGAUCAGACAAAGUGGUGCGUCGGUAUCGCCGUAGCACCUGAACGAGGUACUUUCUACUGGACCCAGAAAGGGCCCUCGAAGGCUUCGAAGGGCCAAAUCUUCAGAGCAUCGAUCGAAUUUCCCACUGGAACCGACGCCAGUAGUCGCACCGAUAUCGAGCGCCUCUUCAACAAUCUGCCGGAACCAAUAGACCUUGAAGUGGAUGAGGAAGGCGGUUUUCUCUAUUGGACAGAUCGCGGCGAAAUGCCGUUGGGAAAUAGUCUUAACCGAGCUCCCUUAGAAACUGUGGGAACUGGAAAGUACGAUAUCCUGGCAAGGAACUUACACGAGGCCAUUGGUCUCGCCCUUGACAAGAAGAACCAACACAUAUAUGCUACAGAUCUUGGCGGGUCUGUGUACAGGUUCAAUAUGGAUGGGAGCAACAAAAGGAGGUUCUACGAUGAUCAAGGAUCCUUCACGGGUAUCGCAUUGAGUCAUGUAUAA